AUGCCCCACUUGGCUCUGGUAGGUCCUACCAGAGCCCAAGACCUGCAGAGGAGGGAUGAAGCACCGGGUGCUCUGCUUGGGGCUUCAGGCCUAUGUGCACCGCCCUCUAACCUCGCCCACCUCUUCAGCUGGGCCCAAAGCCUUCUUUGCCUAAUCCCCAACCAGCCUCAGCUCUACAAUCUGCUUCUUCCAGCAGGAAGGAGAUCCUCUCUUUCCUGCAUAGCACCCACCCGGAGCACCUCAGCUGCUGAGGACAGCAGCCUUCUGGGUCAGCCUUGGUACUCAGGGAACUGUGACCGCCAUGCUGUUGAGAGUGCCCUGCUCCAAUUCCAAAAGGAUGGGGCCUACACUGUGCGCCCCAGCUCAGAGCCUCAUGGCUCACAGCCCCUUACCCUGGCGGUGCUUCUCCACGGCCGGGUCUUCAACAUUCCCAUCCGGCGGCUGGAUGGUGGGAGCCACUAUGCCCUGGGCCGGGAGGGCAAGAACCACGAGGAGCUGUUCUCCUCCGUGGCUGCCAUGGUCCGGCACUACACACAGCACCCGCUGCCCCUUGUGGACAGACACAGCGGUAGCCGUCAGCUCACCUGCCUGCUCUUCCCCACCAAGCCCUGAUGCCAUGGCGGACUGUACACAGCCACCUCUGGCCCCGUAGUUUGCUCCUUGCCGGGGCCAUCCUGGGCUGUCUCCCUCUUGCCUCUCCCAAGUCCCCACCCUUCCAGACCCUCCCCACCCCCUUGCCCCAGUCCCUGCAGGCCUGGAUGAGAGGCUUUGGGAAAGGUUGCCCAGA